AUGGAUUCAACGCGGACAAUUUCCGAAUUAAAAUCUGCAUUCAUCUGGAGCCAAGUCCGCAUUCUUUCCGAGAAUCUUCAGCCACCAGAAAACUGGAGGGACUAUGCAGUGGAGCUUGAGGAAGAAGCGCUGCCCGAGAAGGUGAUUGAAGAUGUGCUACACAAAGUCAAUGGGGUGGCAAAGCAACACAACCGCGUUGUUUAUUCUUCCCAAGCGAUUCACCAUGUAGCCCACCAGAUUACCAAUCUCUACUGGGCUUCUGUUAGCCAGGAUAUACAAAACCAAGCUAUCCUCAAAAAAGGCGUUGAAAAGACGGCAGAUCUUUCUAAACAUUUGAACAUCCUCGGGUUGCCAUUGGAUCUGGAAUCACAAGGCGCCAGUGAGGAACAAAAUGAGAGAUACCAGCGUCUCCGGGAUCGACUGGCCAGUCUAGAUCAACAGCGCCAGCAGAAACAACGGCGUAUUGAUCAACUGCAGCAUUUACACCGCUUGCUCGAGCCCUUCAAAGAGCCUCAGGUGGCCAUCCAGCCCAAUUUGGUCACCCGUGAUGGAGAGUUGGCUCAGGAAUUGGAGAAAAUGCGCAUGCUCCUGGCGCGAGUUAGCGGCAGAAUUUCGCAAAUGAAACCCAGUCAAACACAAGGUGGGGAGGAAUACCUUCUCCCCGGAUCAGAUCGACGACUUGAAGCUUUAAUGGAUACGGAGGAAUGA